UUCCAAUGAUGAAGAUCCAAGAUAAUUUACAAAACUGAACCAGUUGCAACACACGUAUGUAUGUAUGUACAUACAUAUAUAUCCUCCCUAUCCAAUACCUACUUCAUUUAAUAUUUUAAUCAUGAAGAAAAAUUCUUAUUAACUGUCUUUUUCAAGGAGCUGUGAAUAAUGUGAUUCAUAGACUUCAUGAUCAAGAUUUGUUUUGUGUGUGUAGAUAUAGCUUAAAGAUUGUAUCUUUGGGUUUGUGCCAGCGAAAUUUACAAUUUUUGGCUGGUGGGUCAUUGGUAAUAUUGCAAAUUUGUGAGCUUUUUGCAGGUUGGUGAUCAGGGUUUCAAGAAAGGUGAUCUUUGAGGUAAUAAGGAUGUGUUUUGGUGAAUUUUGGGAUUAUUGUGUGUGAUCUUUUGCGGGUUUGUUGAAAAUAUUGUGAUUUGUUUGGUAUUGAUAGGUUGAUUGUUGAUUUGAUUGGUUUUGGCUGAAGGGUCUAUUUCAUUUUGUUGGGGAGAUGUUGGAUUAGUUUGUAUGAAUUUGAUUUGUGGUGCUUGGUAAUGAAUUGGAAAUGCCUGGGUUGUAGUUGGAUAUUUUUGUUUUGAUUUUAUGUUUGCGACGGAGAAAGGGGAAAUGGCUAUUGCCAGCAAAACUAGAAGUAUGAUUGAAGGUUUUGUUAAAGAUGGAUCAUUCAAGUGGUUGGCUAGAAGCAGAAACACAUUUGAUGAGGACCUUGAGGAAAUGGGAAAGUCUUCGUCGGAUACAAGUAAUUGGAUUGCAGAGUUAUCUCCAAUAGGGAAUGCUAUGGUUCGAAGAUGCUCAAAAAUUCUAGGCAUUCCUGCAAUCAAACUUAGAGAAAUCUUUGAUGAUGAAGCUCCUGAUAAUAUAAAAGAAGCAUCACAAUAUGCCCGCAACUUUUUGGAGUACUGUUGCUUCAGGGCUCUGGCCAUGUCUACGAAACUUGACGGUUAUUUAGAUGAUAAAUUGUUUCGUCGCCUGACAUUUAACAUGAUGAUUGCUUGGGAGUUUCCAGCUGCUUCUAGCAAAUCGAUCUCAGCUAUAGACGAAGAUGCUACCGUGGGGGUGGACGCAUUCUCCCGAAUUGCUCCUGCAGUCCCCAUAAUUUCCAAUGUAAUUAUCAGUGAGAAUCUGUUUGAGGUUCUAACCAUGUCAACUGGUGGUCGGCUACAGUUUUCUACCUAUGAUAAAUACCUUAUUGGAUUGGAAAGAGCAUUAAGAAGAUUAAAGUCUCAAACAGAGUCCUCCCUCCUUUCUUCAUUACGAUCAGCAAGAGAGGAAAAGAUUCUGGAAAUAGACGGUACUGUGACUAGCCAGCCUGUUCUUCAACACUUGGGAAUAUCUGCAUGGCCUGGUCGGUUGAUUCUGACAGAUCAUGCUCUCUACUUUGAAGCUCACCGUGUCGUAUCGUUUGACAAAGCGAGCAUAUAUGACCUGGCUGAAAACUUAAAUCAGGUUGUUAAACCUGAGUUGACAGGACCAUGGGGAACUAGGCUUUUUGACAAGGGUGUUUCGUUUAAAUCAAAUUCUUUAUCAGAGCCGGUUGUUAUGGAGUUUCCUGAGCUUAAAGGACACACUCGUCGUGACUAUUGGUUAGCGAUUAUACGUGAAAUCUUAUUGGUACACAGAUUCAUGCAUAAGUUUCACAUAACCGGGGUUGAACGCGAAGAAGCACUCAUGAAAUCCGUGCUAGGUAUAUUGCGGGUGCAUGCCCUUAGAGAAAUUAUUUCUGCGGUACCUCUUUGUUGUGAGACUCUUCUUAUGUUUAAUGUUUGUAAUCAACUACCGGGUGGGGAUCUAAUACUGGAAAAACUUGCAAGCAUGACAACUCGAAAGGGAGAGAGGGCUAAUGAAGCUAAAGCUGGAACAGAUAUGUACUCAAUAUCAGCAUUGUCUAUGGCUUCCAAUCUAGGGUUUCCUGUUGGAUCAAGUAUGGAUAGUCCUGGCAAGAAAGAUCUUGUCGUGGGUGAAAUUGCUGUUGGAGGGUUGAGUCCAUUGAGGAAGGCAGUUGAGGAAUCUAGAAGUAGCUACAAAAAAGUAGUGCUUGCCCAGGCAUCAGUUGAUGGAGUCAAGGUUGAUGGCAUCGAUACCAACAUGGCUGUGAUGCAGGAGUUACUGUCUCCUGUGACUCAACUUGGUACUUGGCUAUUGUCUCUCGCACACUGGGAACAUCCUCUGAAGUCUUCAGCAUUCUGUUUGGUUUCCUCAUAUAUCAUUUGGAGGGAAUGGUUGGGUUAUGUCGUCGCAUUACUUCUCAUCUUCUUUGCAGUCUUCAUGCUGAUUACAAGGUGCUUCAGCGAAGGAAAAGUUGCUGAACUCAAAGUCAUAGCCCCACCUCCAAUGAACACCAUGGAGCAGCUUUUGGCUGUACAAAAUGCAGUUUCACAAACAGAAGAGCUGAUUCAGGAUGGAAAUGUUGUUCUUCUCAAGCUUCGUGCCUUGUUACUCUCCGCUUUCCCACAGGCAAGUGAAAAGUUGGGUAUUAGUUUCCUAGCAACAUCAAUGAUUCUGUUUUUCCUACCCUUUAAAUACACCAUGCUACUGGUUUACGUGGGUCUGUUUACAAUGUAUUCGCCUCCUCGGAAAGCAAACACAGAAAAAUGGAUGCGGCGGCUGAGAGAAUGGUGGUUCAGCAUACCAGCAGCACCCGUUUUUCUUGAAAGAGAUAAAGAAGAUAAAAAGAAAAAGUAAUUAUAUAAUAGAAAUAUGUAAUUGUAUAAAGAGAACCUGUAGCUAUGUAUUGUGAUGUUGCUGGUAUACCUUCUGCAUUCCAAUAAAAUGGUAAUAUAAAGAUAUGAAUGAGAAAGUUCAGUUUUUGUGAAA